UUCAUGUUUUUGGGUUUUUCUAGAUGGCCUGUCUUUAACACUUCUUGAUAUUUUUGAUUAAAUUUUCAUAUAUCAUCAAAAAUAGAGAUGACAGCCAGGGGUGGUGGUGCAUGCCUAUAAUCCCAACACUUUUGGAGGCCAAGGUGAGGAGACCACCUGAGGUCAGGAAUUCAAGACUACUGGGCAACAUGGUGAAGCUCUGUCUAUCCUAAAAAUGCAAAAAUUAGCCGGGAGUGGUGGUGCAUGUCUGUAGUCACAGCUACUUGGGAGGCUGAGGCAGGCGAACUGCUUGAACCUGGGAGGUGGAGGUUGCAGUGAGCUGAGACGGAGCCACUGCACUCCAGCCUGGGCCACAGGAGGGAGACUCUGUCUCAAAAGAAAAGAAAAGUAGAGAGGAUAGUAUAAUGAGGCUCCUGUCUGCCAGUCACUCUAUAGUAACUAUUAGGAAACCCCUUUUUUUCUCUGAAGUCAUUGCUCCUGUGUGUGUGUGUGUGUCUGUAUAUAUAAAAAAAGUAUGUAUACAUAUACGUAUAUGUAUGUGUAUAGAUAAAAAUGCAUGUAUGGGGCUGGGCGCAGUGGCUCACGCCUGUAAUCCCAGCACUUUGGGAGGCUGAGGCAGGUGAAUCACAAGGUCAGGAGAUCGAGACCAUCCUGGCUAACAUGGUGAAACCAUGUCUCUACUAAAAGUACAAAAAAUUAGCCUGGCGUGGUGGCAGGCACCUGUAGUCCCAGCUACUCAGGAGGCUGAGACCGAAGAAUUACUUGAUGAAACAUGGCAGACGACGUAGACCAGCAGCAAACUACCAACACUGUGGAGGACCCCCUGGAUCUUAGGCUCACCCCAGAGGAACGAAUUUGUGUGAAAAUGAGAAACGACCGAGAGCUUCGAGGCAGAUUACAUACUUAUGAUCAACAUUUAAAUAUGAUCUUGGGAGACGUGGAAGAAACUGUGACUACUAUAGAAAUUGAUGAGGAAACAUAUGAAGAGACAUAUGAAUCAACAAAACAGAAUAUUCCAGUGCCCCUUGUCCGGGGAGAUGGCAUUUUCCUGGUUGCCCCUCCAAUGAGAGUUGCUGAAACAAAGAAUUUGUCCUGUAUGGAAAAUAGGAGACUUUGUACAGUGGCCUCUCUAAAUGUGCAAGAUACUCAAAAGAGAAACCCGCAUACAUUUGGAUAUUAAGAAAUAAUUCUGGGGAUUCUUCCACUCCUGAAAUGAGUUGAUUUGCAGAUAAUUCACAACUUCUUAAGCUAAAUGGUAUUUUCGUUUUUCUCAAGCUCUUGCAAUAAAUAUGACCACCAAGAUGCAGGAAAAAAAAAAAGAAGAAUUGCUUGAACCCGGGAGGUGGAGGUUGCAGUGAGCCGAGAUCAUGCCACUGCACUCCAGCUUGGGUGACAGAGCGAGACUCUGUCUCAAAAUAAAUAAAUAAAAGUGCAUAUAUGUAUAUUUGUGUGAAUCAUAUACACAUAUAUAAAAUAUAUGUAGCAUAUACAUAUAUAACACAUUUCUUUUUCUAGUGUGUGUGUACCUUGAUUUAUGUCUCACAUAUUCAAAAUACUCAACUUGUUUAAAAUAAGAGCACAACCUAUUUAAGUAGUGAAGAUUCAAAGCCUUGUUCUAAAAUGCUUAACUUUCCUGUGGAUUUGUGGACCCGUGGGAAAAUCUCAGUCCCCAGGCAGGAAGGAAGGAGAUAUGACACAUCUCUAGUUUGUUGUAAGUCGCCUACCCUAGACCUCAUCUCCAGUGCUCUGAAUGUGGAGAGGUAGGUGCAGGGCAGUGGGACAGAGAGGUGCACUUUGAAAGACUAUCACAUAGAAACAAAAGUUCCGGCUGGGCACGGUGGCUCACGCCUGUAAUCCAAGCACUUUGGGAGGCCAAGGCGAGUGGAUCACGAGGUCAGCAGUUGAAGACCAGCCUGGCCAGCAUGGUGAAACCCCAUCUCUACUAAAAAUGGAAAAAAUUAGCCGGGCAUAGUGGCGUGAGCCUGUAAUCCCAGCGACUCGGGAGGCUGAGGCAGGAGAAUUGCUUGAACCUGGGAGGUGGAGGUUGAAGUGAGCUGAGAUGGCACCAUUGCACUGCAGCCUGGGAGACAGAGUGAGACUCCAUCUCAAAAAAGAAACAAAAAAAAGUUCCAAUACACAAUUUGUUAUAUGAGAUCUUCACCCAAUCAAGGAUUAAAUGGCCAAUUCCUAAAUGACGCCUACCUUUUUAUGGCCAUGUAUACCUUUGCCUCAGCACUACUGGCAUUUGCUGACAUCCAUUUAUCAAAGUACAGGGAUGGAUUUCUGGAAGGCCAAGGCAGGGGUGCUGGCCAGGAGACACCAGGCAUAGACUCUCCUUUCUCAGAGCCUUUGUGGCCCCUAGUUUGAAUCUUUGAGUCACUGCAGUAAAGUUCCUGAUGUUUGACAGUACUCCUAAUGAAGGGAGUCAUGUGAGUUGCUAGCUGGGUUCUCUAGAUGGUGGUGUCAUGCCAACAUGGGAGCCACUAGCACAAAGAACAUGCUAGGUUCUGUUGAGACCUGACUUUGGGAAUAGCAUAGGUACUUACCUUUCUCAACACCACACAAACACACUCCAGAAUGCAAAGGAACCUGCACUGUGCCAUCUUGCUUCUCCCUGCAUAGCCACUUUUCUUUCCAGUGGUGUUUGUAUUUUGGUUCAUUCAAUCAAUGAAUGAUUGAUUGAAUCAACCACUUGGUCCCUUCAAUCUGUAACCUUCCUGCAACACUGUCUUUGUGAUGUUAUCAUAACCUUGAUUUUUGAGGGAUAGAAUUGGGCAUAAUCAGAGAAAACGUGGUCUGGGACACAUUUGUGGGCUAUUCUAUGCUAAACAUUUCCAUAUCAUUAAUGUUCAACACAGCUUUGUGGUGUUGGAGGUAGGAUUAUCAUUGUUACGAUUGUUAUUAUCAAUACUAGCUGUGAUUAUUGAUCACUUCCACAUGCCAGGCACAGUGCUGGGUGCUAUAUAUUUAUUAUCUAAUUUAUAGCUUGCUGCACUCUUGCUGGGUAUAUGUAAUUAUUCCCAUUUCACCGGAUCUCUGGGAGUUUGGUGAAUUAAUCACCCAGCAUCCAAAUAGCUAACCGGUAGCAGAGCUGGGAUUCAAACUCAGUUAGGCUGACUUCUGUGCCUGUUUUCUUGCCUAAGCGGUGGACUCAUUGAGUAGGAGAAGGCCAGUUAUUCCUCUUUGUCACUGAUACAACUGGGGACCUGUUCCCGGAGAUGUGGAGCUGUGCAUUAGGGCUGGGUAGAACACACAUAAUGAACCAUAUGCACGAGAACUUUUUCAUCUUUCUGCAUACACUUGGAACUAGUUCUUUGUUUUUGUAAAAGCAUCAUGCACCAGGUAAAAUGUUUAAUAACACAGAGAAAUCUAAUUGUCAAGUAUCUUCUCAACACCCAUUAAUCAACAAUUCUAUCGAAAGAUAACCUCUUGUAUUUACAAAAAAAAGAAGAAAAAAUGCUGUCAUCAGUAAAUUCAUUCAUGUAUGUUAUACACUCACAUACAAAACGUAUCUAUUUGAUUAAAUUAGAACUCUGCUAAUGAAUUACUUUCCUUGAUUGCACAGUAAUAAAGUCAAUGUUGUAAAUAUAAUAAUUAUAGCCAAGUGCAGUGGCUUACACCUGUAAUCCCGGCACUUUGGGAGGCUGAGGUGGGCAGAUCACUUGAGGUCGGGAGUUCGAGACCAGCCUGGCCAACAUGGUGAAACCCUGUCUCUGCUAAAAAUAUAAAAAUUAGCUGGGUGUGGUGGCACAUGCCUGUAAUCCCAGCUACUCAGGAAGCUGAGGACUGAGAAUCGCUUGAACCUGGGAAGUGGAGUUUGCAGUGAGCCGAGAUAGUGCUACUGCACUCCAGCCUGAGCAACAGAGCAAGACUCCGUGUCAAAAAAUAAAUAAUAUAUAUGUGUGUGUGUGUGUGUGUGUGUGUAUAUGUACAUGAAUUAUAUACAAAUGAGGGAAAAUAUACAAAUGAGUUGAAUAUAUACAAAUGAGGGAAAAAUUGUUCCUUGUGUCAGGAAAAAUUACUGUGAAUUUUGUGUAGCUCUUCCUGACUUUUUAAAAUUCAAGUAUAUUUCAUAAAGUUGAAAUCACACUGUGGUCUUUUUUUUUUUUUUUUUUUAACCAGGCAUAUAGUGGCCAUGUUUCUAUGUCAAUACAUACUCUUUGGCAGUACAGUUGUGCUGACUUGACAUUAUAGCUUCAUAACUUACUAAAUUAAUCCCUUAUUGCUGGGCACAGAUUCUGUUUUCCAUUUUUUCAGUCAUGAGCAACGUUGCUGGUUUACCUGGGCUAAAUAAGAAGUUUAAAUGCAAAUAGAUAAUUCUUGAGAAAGCUUCUUCCCAUAUAUACUCUUUCUGCAACAGUGUCUGAGUGUCUGUACCUUCCUAUACCUUCACCAUAUCAUGUAUUUGUCAUUUUUUAGUGAGUUGUAUUACUUGCUAGGUGAGCUUGUAUCUCCUUUGAUAACACAAAGAAGGCCUGGGUUUGCUUGGCAAUUUGUUCCAAUAUUCUUUUCAGUUUUAAAUAAGUUUUGAACAAAAAGCUUUAGCAUUUUACAUAAAAACCUCUAAAGCUCUCAGGCUAAUUAGUAAUGUAGCAUAUACAAAUUAAGUUUUUUUCUGCUGUGCUUAAUUCUUAUGAACACACUAAUCAUGAGGGCCCCCAAAUUGCUGUAAGGAGCACAUUUAGAAAACAUAUAAAGGAUCGAUAGUUGGUACUUAAGAAAUCGUUGAAACACCUUUUCUUUUUUAAUCUAUCUUAGAGCUGAAAGAUAAAAAGACUUAAAAUGAGUUAGAAUAUGAGUUUUUCAGCAUCUUAUAGCUUAUGAGUUAAAGCAAGAUUUAAAAAAUACAUUUAACAUACUAAAUAUUUCAAAAGCUACAGAGAUACCGUAACAUUUUAAAAGAUAACUUAAAUUUUCAUUGUGGAAAUCAACUGCCACAAAAACACAACCUUUUACGAGACAACGUGAUGUGCGUGAGAAGCCCUGAUGUUGAGAAGCUCAUAAUUCGGUGUGAGAAACACACAAGGCAUGAUGCCAUUCCCAUGUGGGAUGAACAGGGAAGACUUCCUGGGAGAGGUGACUAUGGACUUAAUUUUGCUUUGACACAGCAAAAACAUGAGGAAUGAAUUUUGUGACUGGAAGAUUGUUAGUUUUCUGUGGAGGGAACAACACUCAUCUUGCAAAUUUGCCUUCACUAUUCAAUCAUUAGAAAAUAAUUUUAAAUGAGCUUAGCAGUUCUCAGAAUUUUGGAUUUCAGGAAACAAACUUUUUAAAAACAAAACAAAAA